AUGUCCUCAGAAUACAAAAUUGAUGGGUUCUACUCGCUAAAAUCCGAUGUCUAUAGUUUUGGUGGGUGGAUGCUAGAGAUAUCAUGGAUGCUAUACACAGAAGGCUGGUCCAUUGAAGUGCUUGAUACAUCAAUAGGGGACUCAGGUGAUCCACAUGAAGUUCGUAACUCGGGAGAUAGGCUGAGCAUGUCAAUUACAGUCAAAGGGAUCUCAAUGAACUCGAAGUCGGUCAUUCUUUUAAAGCAUUUUCAACAAAUGAACGCAAGUGCUUCAAAUUUGAGGCAAAGAUUCAUGAAGUUCCAAAUUGCGUGA